AUGGACGAGGACGAUCCCCACGCCGAGGGGGCGGCAGUGGUCGCCGCGGCCGGGGAAGCGCUGCAGGCCCUGUGCCAGGAGCUGAACCUGGACGAGGGGAGCGCAGCCGAAGCCCUGGACGACUUCACUGCCAUCCGGGGCAACUACAGCUUAGAGGGAGAAGUUAUACACUGGUUGGCGUGUUCGUUGUAUGUUGCUUGCCGCAAAAGCAUCAUUCCCACAGUUGGAAAGGGUAUCAUGGAAGGAAAUUGCGUUUCCCUUACCAGAAUACUACGUUCAGCUAAACUAAGUUUAAUACAGUUUUUUAGUAAAAUGAAGAAAUGGAUGGACAUGUCAAACCUGCCACAAGAGUUUCGUGAACGUAUAGAAAGGCUAGAAAGAAAUUUUGAGGUGUCUACGGUAAUUUUCAAAAAAUUUGAGCCAAUUUUUUUAGAUAUAUUUCAAAAUCCAUAUGAAGAGCCACCAAAGUUGCCACGAAGCAGGAAGCAGAGGAGGAUUCCUUGCAGUGUUAAAGAGCUCUUUAAUUUCUGCUGGACACUGUUUGUUUAUACUAAGGGUAAUUUUCGUAUGAUUGGAGAUGAUUUAGUAAACUCUUAUCAUUUACUUCUGUGCUGCUUGGAUCUGAUUUUUGCCAAUGCCAUUAUGUGCCCAAAUAGACAAGAAUUGCUAAAUCCAUCAUUUAAAGGUUUACCAUCUAAUUUCCAAACUGCUGACUUUCGGGCUGCUGAAGAACCUCCCUGCAUCAUUCCUGUACUGUGUGAACUGCAUGACGGACUUCUGGUAGAAGCCAAAGGAAUAAAGGAGCAUUACUUUAAGCCAUAUAUUUCAAAACUCUUUGACAGGAAGAUUUUGAAGGGCGAAUGCCUUCUGGACCUUUCCAGUUUUACUGAUAAUAGCAAAGCAGUGAACAAGGAGUACGAAGAAUAUGUUUUAACUGUUGGUGACUUUGAUGAGAGGAUCUUUUUGGGAGCAGAUGCAGAAGAGGAAAUUGGAACCCCUCGGAAGUUCACUGGUGACGGCCCAUUAGGGAAACUGACAGCACAGGCUAAUGUGGAGUGUAAUCUUCAACAUCACUUUGAAAAAAAAACAUCAUUUGCACCUUCUACCCCUCUGACAGGACGGCGAUAUUUAAGAGAAAAAGAAGCAGUCAUUACUCCUGUUGCUUCAGCCACCCAAAGUGUGAGCCGGCUACAGAGUAUUGUAGCUGGAUUAAAAAAUGCGCCAAGUGAACAACUUAUAAAUAUUUUUCAGUCUUGUAUGCGUAAUCCUAUGGAAAAUAUUAUGAAAAUAGUGAAAGGAAUAGGAGAGACUUUCUGUCAACACUAUACUCAGUCAACAGAUGAACAGCCAGGAUCUCACAUAGACUUUGCUGUAAACAGACUAAAGCUUGCAGAAAUUUUGUAUUAUAAAAUACUAGAGACUGUAAUGGUACAGGAAACACGAAGACUUCAUGGAAUGGACAUGUCAGUUCUUUUAGAGCAAGAUAUAUUUCAUCACUCCUUGAUGGCCUGUUGUUUGGAAAUUGUGCUCUUUGCCUACAGCUCACCUCGUACUUUUCCCUGGAUUAUUGAGGUUCUUAAUCUGCGACCAUUUUAUUUUUAUAAGGUUAUUGAAGUGGUAAUCCGCUCAGAGGAGGGACUUUCCAGAGACAUGGUGAAACACCUGAACAGCAUCGAAGAACAGAUUUUGGAGAGUUUAGCAUGGAGUCAUGAUUCUGCGCUGUGGGAGGCUCUCCAGGCUUCUGCAAACAGAGUUCCUACCUGUGAAGAAGUUAUAUUCCCAAACAAUUUUGAAACAGGAAGUGGAGGAAAUGUACAGGGGCAUCUUCCCAUGAUGCCAGUGUCUCCUCUGAUGCAUCCAAGGGUCAAAGAAGUUCGGACUGACAGUGGGAGUCUUCGAAAGGAUUUGCAACCACUGUCUCCGAUUUCUGUCCAUGAACGCUACAGUUCUCCUACUGCUGGGAGUGCGAAGAGAAGACUUUUUGGGGAAGACCCCCCAAAGGAAAUGCUUAUGGACAGGAUCAUAACAGAAGGAACAAAAUUGAAAAUUGCUCCUUCUUCAAGCAUCACUGCUGAAAAUAUAUCAAUUUCACCCGGGCACAGUCUUCUAACAAUGGCCACAGCCAUAGUAACAGGGACAACAGGACAUAAGGUUACAAUCCCAUUGCAUGGUAUUGCAAAUGAUGCUGGAGAGAUCACACUGAUACCAAUUUCCAUGAAUACAACUCAGGAGUCCAAAGUUGAGAGUCCUGUAUCACUUACAGCUCAGUCAUUAAUUGGUGCUUCUCCAAAGCAGACCCAUUUGACCAAAGCACAAGAGGUACAUCCAGUUGGAAUAAGCAAACCAAAGAGAACUGGGUCCUUAGCACUGUUUUAUAGAAAGGUCUAUCAUUUGGCAAGUGUACGCUUACGUGAUUUAUGUUUAAAACUGGAUGUUUCAAAUGAGUUAAGAAGGAAGAUAUGGACAUGUUUUGAAUUCACUUUAGUUCACUGCCCUGAUCUGAUGAAAGACAGACAUUUGGAUCAGCUCCUCCUUUGUGCCUUUUACAUCAUGGCAAAGGUAACAAAAGAAGAAAGAACUUUUCAAGAAAUAAUGAAAAGUUAUAGGAAUCAGCCCCAAGCUAAUAGUCACGUCUAUAGAAGUGUACUAUUGAAAAGUAUUCCAAGAGAAGUUGUGGCAUACAAUAAAAACCUGAACGGUGAUUUUGAAAUAACAGAUUGUGACUUGGAAGAUGCUACAAAAACACCUGACUGCUCCAGUGGACCAGUGAAAGAGGAAAGAGGUGAUCUUAUCAAAUUUUACAAUACAAUAUAUGUAGGACGAGUGAAGUCAUUUGCAUUGAAAUACGACUUGUCAAAUCAGGACCAUGUGAUGGAAGCUCCGCCACUCUCCCCUUUUCCACAUAUUAAGCAACAGCCAGGCUCCCCACGCCGCAUUUCCCAGCAGCACUCCAUUUAUGUGUCCCCACACAAGAAUGGGUCGGGCCUUACACCAAGGAGUGCUCUGCUGUAUAAAUUCAACGGCAGCCCUUCGAAGAGUUUGAAAGAUAUCAACAACAUGAUAAGGCAAGGUGAGCAGAGAGCCAAGAAGCGAGCAAUAACCAUUGAUGGUGAUGCAGAAUCACCUGCCAAACGCCUCUGUCAAGAAAAUGAUGAUGUUUUACUUAAACGACUACAGGAUGUUGUCAGUGAAAGAGCAAACCACUAG